AUGGACGCCAGAAGCGAAACUUCCAGAAAGCUGAGCCGACAGAUCAGUAGAAUGGCCAGAGCACAGGAGGAGAAGGAACGACAGAAAAUGAGAGAGAAGGAAGAAGCCGCUGAGGAGGAGAAGAAGAAGAAAGAGCAGGAGUUUGAUCGUUCUACCAUCACGCGCAAGUUGUCAAUUUUCGGCUCAUACCGCAGAAUGUCGUUUAAUCAAAAAGGGAAACUCUCUGAAGAGGUGAGUGAUUGACAGAUCAAUUAGUUCAUCUCUGUAAUAGCAUCGAGCCAUUGUGCACCGUCUUUUUCAGUCCAAGCUCCUAUAUCGUAUUUUCCUGCAUCUUUUCCCCUUUUGAUGUUUCCUCGGGUGUUAUUUUUUAUCCAAUGUCAUCUCGUUCCUUGAUCGGGGUAUUUAUGCUCCUGCUUACAGCUGAGAAAUAUGUUAUUGACUCAGCGAAUAACUUCAGUUGUCCUCAGUUCAAAUACAAAGCUCUGUCUAGAACUGACAACCCUGAAUAUAUCAAUAUAUCUGUGGAUAUAACCAUGGCACCUACCUCAACCGAUUCACCACAGCUCUUGACGGCAAACCAUCGGACCAUUUUUUUGAGAGACAAUAAUGACGUAAUGGCUGAGAAAAGGACGUAGUGACUCCGACAGUUGCGUCGAGGAUCAUAAAAGCUCAGCCCUAAUAUUGGCUUGUAGACCUAAAGUACACGUUUUGUCUUCAAACACGUGUUAGUCGUGUUAGUGCUGAUUUCUAUUCUCUUGAAUUAAAAAACUCUACUCCUGUUCCCAGCCUACUCAAGCUGGUUAACUUGCAAAGAAAAGCUUGCGGUAAAGGACACCAGUUUUUUAAAGAUAUGUCUCAAAUAGUCUUCUGGUGAUUGUGUAAACGAUCUCUGCUAGAUCAUAGAGGCUUGACUCUUAAUCACAACGCGCAUGCGUUUUAUUUCUUUUUUGAAAAUAACUUCUGAUCACUGAGCAACCUAUUUGACCAAGCAAAGAGCAUUGAAUUAAAAACUUGUUCCCAGGGCCUUCUCGGCUUUGAUGUCCAAAAUGGCAGACAUUCAACACCAACUACGGAAAAUUCAACCGAUUGCUAUCGCUUGAAAAAUCAAAAAAUACAAUUAAUUAUGUUGACUUCAUUAGUAAGAUUGAUAGCUCUGCCUUGGAUUUGUUUCCGUGGGCAUAAGUAAAUAGUUUUGAAUUCCUCUCUAUAGCCUCAAUGCAAAUUUCUUUAAUGGGUUUCCCACUGUUAAUUGCAACCCCAUGCGGCGUCGUAUAAAAACGUGACGCAGUUUGAAUUACUAGUAACUGCGGACAACAGAGCAAACUGUGCGCAUCCAAUCGAGUGGCUCGUUAAAUGGGUUUUAACAAAAAUAGAUUCUAUCGCUGCCUCCUGAGGGAGCAAUGAUGCAUGUAGUGCCCCCUUUAAGCAGAAUAUCAAACCCUCAGGGUUACAAAAUAACAAAGAUAUGCCUAUCAGUGUACAUACCUUGAAAGCUUCGUCACUUUACGAUUUUGAAUUAUUUACGUGAUUGAUACAAAAAUUAGCAAACAAACUGUUUAUUUUUCAAAAGAUUUAGGUCGAUUUAAAAACUUUGUUCAGUGACAGAUUAUCUCUUAUAAAACAGAGAUAGAACAGUACCUGAUACGGCGACACAAAAAUUGUCGAAUUUUUGAUGACGAAUGAAACUCACCCUUCCCUGUAGAACUAAUAACAACCGACCCCGAAUGAAACGAAUCAUCUGUCAAGCAUGGUAAUUCACGUUUUCUUUUGACAAAUCCCGUUGAACUGAAACCGUCAAUCGUUUGGCUUAUUGACGGCGAUUUCGACGCAGAGGUUAAAUCUGUGCUGAACUGUUGACCGCUUGUUUGUUUAAUAAGUUCCAAUCUUUUGUUUGCGUAGUUAUGGAUAGUGCAUUUUGAUGCAAACCAGACAAAUCGUGUUUACAGAGAGAGUCUUAUGAAUUUUCAAUUAAGCAGCCAAGCAUUAGAUCGGAUUCUACUUGCAAGGAGUAAUUUGACAAGAAGAUUAAUCGAUGAUUUGGAAUUUUUGUGUUAGUGAUACCGAUUGCAGUGGAGACAUUAGUUUCAAUUUAGGUUUAGGCCUGAUUUAACGAUGUAAGAAGCAGUGCUGAAGCACAAACUUCAGUUGUGCCAUCUACUAAAAGAUUGCUGCAUAUUGCUACGCAACGCACGCGAAAAGUUGAGAAGUUUAACAGUUGAGUUAAAAAAAUCCUGAACCACAGCAACUGGUGAAGAAGACUAACUUAUGGUUUAACCUGGUGAAUUCUGUUUCAAAGACGACAUGACGAAGCAGGAGUAUGUCACCUUCCGCUUCCAGAGAAGCUAGUUAAGUAUCUGUCCGAUUUAACACAACUGAAACACUACAACCUACAAAUGGCGAUUGUGUUAGGAGGUAAAGGAGACAACCAGCUAACAAAAGAAUGCUGGAAUGAAACGAAAUCAAGAAAUUCUUUUUUCCGAAGUCAAUCGGAAAGCCCUCACGCAAACGGACAUGAAGCUAACAAUGAAACAAGCAGAGAGAAUAUGUCUAACUUAACUGGAAGAACUCAGUCAGAGAGAGAGUCGAAGGAAAUCCCGACUUCAGGAGGCUUUCCUCGUAUUUCUUCUGAUCCUUAUUCUCUUGAUGAUAUUUCAUUAAUUUCUGACGAAGAGCAAGGUAGCACAAAACUCAGAAAAACAGUUUCAUCCGAUGCAGCUGGCCUGGAAAAACUAGUUCAUAUUGACGGCGUACUACGUAAAAUUUCAUCGAAGCCCAAACAAGACCAGAAGUGGCUUCCAAAUCAAGUUUCAAAGAAAGGAAGACUUUCUAGACGGGCUUCCCUGCCGCCAACUUAUUUAGGGAAUUUCCUGUCUGUAAACAACAUCAGGAAGCGAGCAAUAAGCAGCGCUGCGGACGAUGCAGACGAUGGGGUCAUAUCUACACACAUAGACGAUCGACUUCCUUCGCAAAAUUCAACGCGGAAAGCUAAAAAUGCUGGACGAAAGAAAGUAAGACCAAUCAUAAACGAAGAGCAUCUUGUUUCAGAGAAAGAAGAAACAGAAGUAGUUCUGCCCGCAGUCGAAGUAGACGUUUUGAGUGAAGAGGUAGUUGAAGAAGAGAAUGACGGCUCGGAGGUAGCGGUAGGUUUCGUGGCAAGUUAAAUUUUCGUUACGGUCGAGUUAUUGCCUCGCGUGAGCCACAUUUUAUUAUUUGGAUUCAAGAGACGUGUGUUUCACAACAAGUACCUUUUAAGUCAAACUAAAUUGCAGUUCCGCUUUAGUUUAACCAAAUUAUGAUCGAGUGUCUAAAUCAACGGCCUUAUAAACUUUACGCAAUAUCCCCUGUAGAUCUAAGGACUAUUGACUUUUUGACGGAAUCAGACAAUGUACUAAACCACAAAUUUAACUUUGGAAAUAAUCAAAUCUCUGAUCUUUUUCUCUUUCAAGAUUUGCAUAUUACACUAGAUAAUAUCUUAAUUAUGUUUUGGGCCCGAAAACGGAACUUUUUUGAACAUUUUGAAAAUGUUCAAAAAGUUCCGUGAUGGCGGUUUGGUAUAUUAGAAUAAUUACCAAUAGUAAAAAUAGUUUGCUAAUGUAAGUAAACCCUCUCAAAACCCAGAGGCUGGUGACGUCAAUGGAUCUAUGGGAAGUUAAAAUUAAGAAAACUUUUUUUUCUUCCAAGAAAGAGUCAAGUAGCUCUGUUUGCCGGAAAUUGAGCAGAAUUAGAGCCAAAUUUUUUGGAAAAAGAAAACCAACAGAUGUAACAAAUCCAAAAGCAAAAAAAAGGUUAAAAUUAAUUAUCAGACGAUGGCUGGUAUGUAAUUCGAUCGCUGAAGUGCAGGCCACUCUCUCGAGGCACAUUUCCGUGCCGGAGGUAGCAAAUGCAAAACGGAUGUAUUUUUCCUUUGCACAAAAGACGCUCUCGUUUCUCAUUCAGCACAAAUUACGUGAGGUUUCAGGGCCACGCAAUGUCUUCUUCAUCCAUAUUGGCUUCUUUAAUUACUGGCCCCCUGCCUUGCAUCUAUUAUUUUCCGACCGAUUUUUUUUUCUCGCUUUUCAGCCUAUCGAGAGAUUUCGAAAAAUUGUUCAACUUCUUUGUUUCCUGCUGAAAAUGAAGACUUCUAUGGACAGGUAUGUGUUGUUGUUGUAAUUUUCGUAAGCUGAAAUUUAAGGCAUUUGAUACUAGCUAGAAUCAGGAGGGCAUGAAAUUUCUGAUCCUCUCUCGUCAGAACUGAGUACAUAGCCACGCCAGUCUGCACUUAUUCCACUUAAAGAGAAAUACGUUACUGAUAAGAACUGCUUCUUCUCCAGAUCAGUCAAUUAUUUGAGUGUAAAACUAACCUGUCAUAAGUUUUCACGGGCGUUUGUCUGCCCUCGCAUUCUAGGAGCUAAUAACUUCCUCUCAUUCAUCAAGUACUGUCUAAGUUUUAAUUGGUAUGAUAACUGUGAUAUUAUGUCGUAAAGAUUGCUACCUACGGACACAUUCAGAUGACGUCACCUCGGGCUAAUGCCGAGCCAAUCAAGAUUCAAAUGCUAAUUUGUCCAAUUAACUCUGUGAAGCUGAAUUUUUGACGCAAUCAAUUUUCGGUGACAUAAACUGUGUACUAAAUGGACAAGUUACUUAAAGCAACCCAUCUAGAUAGAAAUUUCAACUUCAAGAAGAUACAAUGACCAUUUGAUUUGAUACGCGAUACCUUUGAAUUGAAAGUACAUGUACUUGGCUCGGAUAAUAACUUCCGCUGAGGAAGUCAAAACGUCUGAGUCAUAGCCAUCGGCAACACAUCCUUUCACAGUUCACGAUCAAAUCACUUUUGGACCAUUUUUUUUUGGCGUAGGGUGGCUGAAAUGAGAUUAUGAGCAUUUCAUAGGUUUCUUUGAAAAAAAUAUGCAUUUCAUCCACGUUUCUUUCACAUGGCUUUUUUUUUUGGAAUUUUAUUGCAUGCACGCUUGAAAACUUCUUCACUCACAGCGCUGCUGUCUCCCUUCAAAAAUGAGGCAAUAACUUUUACCAUUUGUCUUUUUAAUGUAGGAAAUAUCGCUCCCAAAACACAAACGUGUUCGCUGAACUGGACGCGGAGACUGUAACCAGCGUGGAUUGUGAUGGCAUGAUUUUUGAUCCAACUACCUUUAAGGCAGUGCGAGAGGUAAGCUGUUGAUUUAAAGUCACUUGACAUCAUCUCAAUACUCUUUAUACCCACACGUUUGAAAUGAAUGGCGUGAGAGCUGGGUACAAGAGAGAGGCAGAGAGAGCUUGAGAGAGUGAGAGAGAGCUGCUUUUGUUAACAUUUGCUUUGGUUUUUAUAUUGAGCUAAGGAUUAGAGUGUCAAUCAGUUUAAAAUAAAUCCAAUUCGGAUCAAAGUUAUCUCGAGGCUAUUUCUCAUAGUUUUACGAUUUGGUUUUGCCAAGAGAAAAUAAUGGUCUCCUUAUAAAGCGAUGUGCGUCAUGUCUUUAUGAACGAUUCGUAAGAAUUGUUACAUGAAUUGACAUUGAACCAAAAGAUAACAGGUUUACAGUGAUUAAAUUAUUUUGAUUUAUAUCCAACAGGUACAGUUAAGUCAAGAAGCCAUUCACAUCCUCUCUCUGAGUCCCGGAUCAAGAACGGAGGAACAGCUUCAAACUGUAAGUAUAUUGCCUAAUAUUCCAUUUUUGAGCGCAAAUUUUCUUGAUGUCUCCCUGCUCUUCCUAUUUAUCAAGAGUUUCAAUUGGGUUGGAACAGAAUCAAUUUUCUUUCUUCAGUAGAAGCUCUAGUAUUAUGACAAAAAACUCUGUGUAAACAUUUGUUCUGUCUCCAUUUGUUUCCAGGCCUUAGUUGCGCUGAAAACCAGUGUUGCUGCCUUCGGCGAGUAUCCGCUGAAGAUGCAGCGACGGUUGGUGUCUGUUGGCUGGUAUGAAAGGUGAGGGGAAUUUAUAACAUCAUCAAACAACAGAAAUGAUCCGUUAUGCGUUAAAACACCUGAGCUUUGAGCUAAGUUCUCAGGUAAAAUAAAUUGAUCAAAAGUAGAACUUGCUAAAAAACAAUGAUAAAAAAUCGUGCAAUCCUAAAGGAGUAACUUUAGGACUUUUAUGAAGCUUCAAAACAGUCGGAAUACGUACCAAUUCUUAAAUUUUGGAAAGAGGAACGUUCAAGGAUAUUUAGUUCAAUUUACGCGAAACAUAGCUGCUUUUUUGUCCUAAAGAUUUUAAUUCAAUAUGGAUUUUUUGCCUAUUUUUGAUAAAAACUUCAGCUUUAAAGAUAAAUUUAAUGACUGAGUCUUAAGACUCACUAAGCUAAUAAAAUAAUAAGUUGAAUAUGCGCUUUCAUGGCUGUUCUUCGCACUUAGGAGUUAUCUCAACUUGUGUCAUGACCAUCUCAGUCUUUUUGUUUUUUUUCUGUCAUGUUUACAUUGUAUCAUUCUUUGUGGACCUUUUGAAUUAAAGAUAUGAGCUCUUUUGUUUUUAAGAUUUGAGGCCAAGAGAGUUAUAAUUCGCCAAGGCCACAAAGCGGAAAACUUCUAUUUCAUUCUGUCCGGGACAGGUAAUUAAGCUUACUUUGUUAGAUCUUUUUAGACUGUUAAAAGACAAAUUUUCCUCCGAAGCCGUCAGCUUCGAGUGGCGCAGCCCACCCAAAUGACGGCUGAGAAGGAGGGUUCACACAAAAAGAAAACAAACAAACGAACAAACAAACGAAUAGAAAAACGAUUGAAUAAAUACUACCCCUCGUUUGAUAUGAUGGGAGUAAGAGCGCUGGAUCUCUGAGAGGCCUGGGUUCAAACCCUGACCAGGUAACUGCGUUGUGGUCACACACUGUGCCUCUUGUCACCCGCAAGUAUAAUUGUUUACCGGUAAACUGGCAAAGAGACUUGAUCUAAUUCUGGUGAGGAGGGGGAAUGGAUCAGUAGCAUCAAUACCUUUAUUCGCAUUUGCUACUGAACUUGAGAGAAUCGCUGGACGGAUUAACACCCCCCCUCCCCAUGGCCCUUACACUAAUUGUACAAUUAUUUUGUAGCACUCGUUACGCUAUUAGUCAACGAUGCGAAGUCCAGAGAACAGAGAAACACAACAGUUGCAGUUCUGGGGAAAGGAAGCAGCUUUGGGGUACGUAACCAGCCGUAAUGAACAAAGAGUGUCCAAAGCCGGAUUGAAAUAACAUAACCCGCAUAUUAUCUUGAAAUAAUUUGACAUUUGUGGAGGGUAACACAUUGGAAAACCUGAUAUAUUUUAUGUUUGGUCUAAAACUGUUAACCAGAGGAGAAAAGGUUUCCCAAACAACUUUAUUACCGGUAGUUCCUUUCUUGGUUACAGUUUAAUUUGUAAUAACCACCAUAUGCUUUUGCUUGUGCUUUAUUAAACUUUAGGGAAGAUCUCUAAGUGCAAUGCACAAAACUUGAAAAAUUACUUUUAUUUUCUCUUAAUCUUUCAGGAACUGGCCCUGCUUCAUCACAAAACCAGGAGUGCGACAGUUUUAUGCAAGGAUGAAGUUUCUCUCUUAGCGGUUUGCAGAGAGGUGGGUUCAGUCUCUUCGUGAGUUCAAAAAUCUCUACCAAAACAUAACAAUUAAUUUCAUUAAGGAGCGCUUGAUAGUUCUCGUGAGGAAACAACUUGGAACAUCACAGGAACGAGAUCACUUUUGACUGAUUUUCAAAUUAAGGUCUGUGACAUCAUGUUAGGCCGGGUUUGCAGGAUAACGACUUUAAAAUGUUUAGAGUAUAUUUAACAAAAUAAUUUGCAGUUUCCUGAACUUCUCUCGCGCCAUUUAUUUUAGGAUUUUCGCGAUAUUUUUAUGAGUUAUGAGGACGGCAGAGAACCAGAACAUAUCCGAUUUUUAAGGUGAGAAUUUUUCUUGUUAAAUGUUCAUUCAGUUUCAAGGUAUAUUAAAAGUUAUAACUUAGAGAAAGAUGUUUUUCUUCUUGCCACGAGCGUGGGACAAAGAAAAAAUUCUGAGUCCUCAGGAGGAAUCAAUGCUCAGACCUUCGGAUUUCGCGCUCCGAUGUCCUACCACAGGCCCGGUUCAGACGCCGUACUUAAGCCGCGCCGAAUCGAAUUCAACGAUAGGCCGACCUAAAUUAGUUAAUCCUGGCUGAAUUGAUUCAAACGCCGAACUUUAUUCGGCCGAAAUUAAUUAAUCGAAGAAAUUUUUUAAAAUUAUUUUUCAAAUAAAGACUAGUGAGCAGCACACAGCAACAGAUCUUGUCAACUUUGUUAAUUAUCCGACCGGUUUCGUCCGAUCACGCAGACUUCAUCAUUUUAAAAAAAUUCACAAAUGAACUACUAAUACACUAAACGUUUAUAGUAUAAAUCACUUUCAAAUUGGGGUGUGAACAACAAAAGCACCCACAAACAGGAAAUGUUACGCAAAUCCAGCGUAACAAAUUGGAAAUGUUACGCAAAUCCAGCGUAACAAAUUGAGCAAUGUUUAUUUUGGGGCUCAGAUUUAUCGUUAAAUCGUGAGCCCCAAAAAUAAACUUUUUCUUCGAAAUCGAACAGUUAUUGCAAAUUGGGAUUUUACAUUUCAAGCAAGCAUAUUUGGUCGUGCCGAAACACGAACAACACAAGUCACCAUCGUCUAGUUUGGCCCGCCAAACCGCCACACUACUUUGCGCAUGCUCUCGAGUAAAAAUCAGCAUGAAAAACGCAUUAAAAACUUUAAUAUAUGACAUUAAAUAUGUGAUAUGUAAUAUGUUACAUUAAAAUAAUUUAUGCAUUUGUUUCGGCUCAGUUGAAGUACGGCGUCUGAAUCAAAGCUGGCCUUCAGCCGUUCUUUCCGGCUGAGUCAGGUGGGAUUAAUUGACUGAGCCGAUCUGAAUUAAAUCAGCCGUUCCGAAUUGAUUCAGACGCUGUACCUCAUAUGAACUUCAUUCGUUGUAUUUGAUUCGGCUCGGCUGAAGUACGGCGUCUGAACUGGGCCUGAGCCACACAGACUCUACGGUGAGCAGACUCCCACGCUCGUGACAAGACGAAAAACAUCUUUUUUAUUUUUUACCGAGCUCAAAACUUACCGUCUCUCCUGUUCUAUUUGCAAGCUAUAACUUAGUUUGUCAAAUCAUUCGCUUUUUCUUCACAGAGGCGUCCCGUAUUUGAAGGAUCUUCCACUCGACGACUUAACGACUAAGCAUGACGUCUGCAUAUUUCAUUACUUCAGGUAACCAAAAUUGAUGGGAAGUAUGAAUAAUCGGGAGAAAGCACAAAGGUGCUCAGUUGCUGGCGCCCCAAGAAGGUUAUCUUCAAUGAAUCAAUUUUUACCGCCGUUUGAGAUCAAUUUUCCGUGGCAUUAUUCUCAUGUUCGUGAUCAUUGGAAGAAAAUUCAUUUACUUGGUUGAAAUAUUUUUCCUGACAAAAUGAAAUAUUAUUUAUGAGUCGCUAAGCUUUGAUAUAAUUUUUUUGCCCAAUUUAUGACAGCCAGAGAAAAGUAGAAAGGCUUUGCACUUUAUUAAAUUUUAAGAAAUAGUCGGAUAUCCAUAAGUCUGAGGAUCACCUGUUGUUGUUCGACAUGAACAUAGGGAAAUAUAAUUUACUUUUGAUCUGUAUUUUUUUUCAUAGGCGUGGGGUUGUUAUAGUUAACGAAAGUAAGACGAAAUGGAUAUACGUCGUGAAAACGGUGAGUAAUUAGCGGACUACAUUUCGGUAGAAAAAAGCUGUGACGUGAAGUAGUCGCACGUUACAGGCGUUGCUAUGGAGCCCGUUCAUCAAACCCAAGAAUUCAUUAUCGUGCUUUGUCACUCUGAAUUUUUAAUCGCUUUUCAAAACGUUGUUAAAAGAGUUCCGGUCCCAUUGUUUUAGUGCGUGGCGUGUUCUGCCCGUAUAUACCCGAAUAUACUGGCAGCAGUUAAAUGAUUAUUUGUGUUUCCAGGGAUCUUGUCGAGUCCUAACUCAUUUGUCCAAAAAGACAGCAAAGUUAAAGCGGUCAGCCGGCAGUCCAGAGAAAACGAACGCAGUCCUUCCCGUGAUACCUGUGGACGAGGCAGACAGGAGGAAAGCGCUGUAUACAGGUAUCGCCUCGCCUUAGUUUCUGUUUAUAAGCAUUGUGUAAGAUGCAAAACGCUUAAAUGAAUUUAAGUUAUUUUUAUCACUUUACCACUUUUGUUUUAGCGGCGCAAACUAAUUCUGAUUGACAUUCACGGUGGAAUUUUGUGUCAUGUAUCUUUUCCUGAGUUUGUCAACCGACGAAUCUCUCCUUUCUAUUAUGUAAUUCUCAGAUUUGUCACUAUUUUUAUCGAUUUAUCUGCUAAAAUAAUUGUCCUUUAUGACAAGCAUUCGUGACGACGACAAAUUUGUUACUAUUUUUAUCGAUUUAUCUGCUAAAAUAAUUAUCCUUUCGACAUGCAUGUUUAUGCACGCAGACAGAUAACGAGACACAUUAAGCACGUUUAAAACUGUCUCACGUUGCUUUAAACUAGAAUUUAAAAUUAAAAAGAAAUAAAUUCGAUUUAACCUAUUGAGUUCGUUUCAAUGUCAGUUCUCCUUGCUUCAUUCCUCGCUGACCAUCGAUUGUUAUUCGUAGCGUGCCUAGAGAAAAAUAGAAGCAGAUUAGAUGAAAAAGCUGAGGAUAGUAUUCGCGUUUGGCAACCGUUCGCUUUUUCACCGGCAUUGCGUGGAUUUUGAUUUUAACCUAUCUUUUUGCGGUAAACAAAGAACUUCGGGCGGAUUUUAUUUCUAUGAGAACUCGAUCGCAGAUCUUGGAUCGAGUUUGAUUUGACUAUGUAAACGAAUUUCCACCGCUUUGUGCCAUCAUUCUCAAGCGUGUUGCUCUUCACUUCGAGAACGUUAUGAAUUUAAUCACAGAUUUGUUUCUAUUUUGCAUUUCAGCCAUGAAAUUUAUGGUUUCUCAUAUGUAGACGAUAAUGAUAAAUACGGCGAAAAGGAAACAAAGCCAGUAUAUAAAAAACCUGAGAGAUAUGACUAUUUUUAAAAAUAGAAGAUCAGAGACGGGUAGUUUAGGUGAGAAAAUAAAUUCCUACCGUUUGUCAGAAAGGCUCGUCGUUUUCUUGCGGCCUCGGACGCUUUCGCAGCGAUGAGUUGUUGGUGAGGUUUUCACUUGCAGGCCAAUCAGUACUUCUUUGUUUUCCUCUUCCCCUUUUUCUUUCCUGAAGGUGGUUUUCAGCAAAACGCUCACCUUGAUGAUCGGCCUCCACCGAGCAACGGCUCAUUUUGGCAACAUAGCAAAAAACACAGAAAAGUAGCCACUGUAACGCCUACACUCAGUGCUAUCAGUGCCAUCAUAGCUUGUUCAAAGUCGAGCUUCAUUUUGGCCACGACAUUAAGAGAGAGCACCAUGUUGUAAUUUCAACUUCUACCGAAAAGCGAUUUUGAAACUAUUUAGCGUGACUAAAGGAACCACGAAGAUUACUUCUAGUUAUGAAGUGAACGUUAUUAUAUCUGUUCCUUACUGCACAUGUCUGCACGUGAAAGUAAUUUUACUGUACGCGCCACUGGUUGCUGAACUUUCGGUUUCGACCGUAUUAAUAAUUCAAUAGGGAGUUUAAGAAACGACGGAGGCGACGCUGUGGACAACGUAGGUUAAAAUAUGAACUUAUAUUUUACCUAAGAAUCUCGCGACGCUCUAAAGUUAUUAAGUUUGUUUCUCGCUGUCAAAACUAUUUCGAAACUGAACAUGGAACACAGCAUUAAAUUAGAAAAGAAAUUUAAAAAAUUAGCCAUCGCCGAGUACGUUCUCCAGACAACGCAAAGUUUUGUCAUUUCACGCUGUCGUUUUGCAGAGGACGCAAAGAAGUUUACAAAGAUUUGUAACGCACGUGCACAGCCAUUGUUCUGCUCAUUAAAACCUUUCGUUAAGUGACGUUCCCGUUGCAGUUGCCACCAUGGUUUUCUUAAAUUCCUUAAUAUUAUUUCUUAGACCUACAUGCAUUCGCAUACCAGAAAAUACACCUACUACGUAGGCUGAUAGAAAACUGAGGCGGCUAACCUCGGCGUUAUUUCGUCCAUUUUUAGCUGCUGGUGAUCGUAUCCGACCGAUCUUAUGGUCGCCAGAAAUUAAACGGCCUAAGACUGAACCUUCAUUAUCCUCAAAGAACAACAACGAUCUAACACUGCCUGCCUUGGUUGGUGAACCGGAAAAAUUCAGGGUAAGAGAUGAACGAGGAAUCCAUCUUCAUUAUUUAUUCAUGAUAUGUGGUCCUGUCCAAAACACAGCGGUCGAACGUCGGGCAUGCGCGCGGGGAUCAAUUCUCUCGCCCACGCGCCAAUUUCCCGCGCAAAAUCUCAAAGAAAACAUCGCAAACAACCGCUGUCUCGCAAAAUAACCUUGAAGUAGUUGAAAUGUUCAUAGAAAGCUGUAAAAGGGAACAAAAUAAAAGAUAUGGAGAACUCAAGAAUUUUUGAACGCAAAGCUUAGUCAAGUAAGGGUAUCUUGUUGAUUUACAGAAAACGUUAUGCGCUUUUAAAACACUAUGACCAACUGACUAGUGUGGUCUGAAAGCACGCCGCCUAUUCAUCACAACGUUCGCACAUACAGAGACGUUUGAUCGCUGUGUUGUCCACUCCACUAAAAUGCAAACCCUUCUGUGAGCGCUAUAAAACUAACGGGAUCUGGCUCAAGAGAUUUCUCCUCUCAAAUGACUGGCUUUUAUAACGGGUAAAAUACUGGCACAGGAAAUCAUACAAUUUCGAGUGCAAUUUGUAACAAAGAACCACGAUUGAUUUUCUUAAAGAUCGUCAAAGCGCGCGAAUGAAUAAUGUAUUCAAACCUCCUACAAUUCAUGUUGCCAGCCACAAGCAUUGCGCUGGGUUUUAAGGUCUUAAUUUCCACUUUCAAUUUUUCCUAGACCUUGAAUUAAUGUGCCUCUUUUGCAGGCCAUCUAUAUAUUGACGGCGAUCUUUCAUAUCCUCAGAUCAAUCGUCUAAUUGCUAGGGUCUAAUGGAUUAACAUUUUUUUACUCCUCAGAAAACCGCUAAAAACGUGACUUGGAUGGGACGUCUGAGCGCGUUAUCUCGAGAUAGUGAGUUUAUUUAAACGUUUAAGUUGAUUUCGAAGGAGUCAUUCUUCAAAAUUUUUCGAGUUCGUCACUUGUUAUAAUUGUAAAUUUUUUCAAAUCCAGUCAUUGCUGUUGUCCUUCUUUGUUCAGUUUUGCCUGUUUUGUCUCUGUCUUUCCAAUCAAACUUAUACUUCGCAGUUCCUUCCAGGCUGAGGCACAAGAAAAAAACAUUAUUUCAUCGUAGAGUCCCCUUAUGAACAUUUCAGAGUAUUUUAGUGAAAGCCUAAAAAAAAAAUUAAUAAUUUUUCUAAUACUUUUUUUAUCAUGCAGUCAGAGAUAGCGAAGAACAUCGGCAGAAAAUUGAACGCCUCCACAAACGGAUUAGUAAUGUGGAAAAACCCCGAAAUAAAACUCCUUCGGUGAGUACGAAAAGCUCGUAUUUUUCCUCUCAUGACAGUCAUGACAGUUUCUAGCCUGGUUAGGGUCAGUGAUUGUAACUCCGAAUAAAGGGCGUGGCUAAGAUAGGGGAGGACUUCAAGUAAUCCCGUCCCUCUCUUUGCCAUGAAAAAAAGUGAUAAGUCAGAACUCGAAGAGAAUUUUCAUGCUCUCAAGUGCCUGUAACACGUAAGUAUCGAUAUUAGAAUCGUCAUCAUCGCUGUCAUGGGUAAAUUUUCUUAACGGCUGAGCCCAGGUGGAAGAAGGACAAAACAAAUUCAAGCGUAGGUUUUGGUUCUUAUCCGUAAAAAGGAAUCCACCCUAAAAAAAAUUUGUAUCAUUGUUAUUCCAGAAUAACAAAAGACAACUUGAGCCACCAGAGGCGGACUUAAAAAACGAGCAAGUGGUGGUGCAGAUAGAAUUACUUAAACCCAAGGAUCAGUUUGUAAGUGAUCCCAUUAUAAACGACAGCAAGAGAGAAUCAGACUCAGAGAGUGACUCUCUUACAUAGGCCUCACUCUUAGGGGAGUCUUUCUUAGGGUAUUUAUAGAUCAUUCAGGAGGGAUCUUGGAAUAACUAAGUUUGCUCUAAUUUAGGGAUAAUAAUCUCAUGCGGCUUCUACUGAUUGCUGUCCACCCACACAGGCAAACGACUCGCAAUGUAAAUGCAAAAUCAUUCCGUGCGUUUAAGACUUUUAUUCUUUAAACUAAAACCUUUUAGGUCAAAUAAGAACAUAUAAUCUCAUCUCUCAUCCCUACCGUGUCCAAAACUCACAACUAUCAAGUUCCAUCGCCGUCACAACCUUGUGAUAGUUGCAAUUUUUUGUUUCCCUUCUAGGGUCUUUCGAUGCUGCUUUUCGAUAAUCCUGCCGUCAAAUGCCAUUUGGUAAGAACAUGUGAUAGCAAUUUUAGUUGCACCGUGUUAAAAUCGUUUUGUUUCACUUCCUACCUUAUGGUAUUUCGUUCCUCUUGCCUUUGUAUGAUAUGAGAGACAAACCUCUUCAACUCAAUAUGGGCCUCUUGGAUCCCAAAGCAAAUCUGAAUUCAUCAUGGCAAAUACAGUUUUUCUUUUUUUUCCGGAGAGGAACUCUUUGAACCUAUCAAAGCCCAUCUAAGGCGGGCUUUGAAGAAGACUACUGAUGAUAGCAAAUUCCGUCUUAAGCUAUGUGUUAUGUACCAUGCAUUUUUCAGGUUAGCAAUGGAGCGGAAUGUGUUUUGAUAAAGAAAAGUUGGUUCCUGCAGCAUGCUACAGAAGCAACAUUGCGAAAACUUAGAAAUCAGGUGAUUAGCUUACAAUUUGUUUCUUGAAGCAGCUUAACGGUAGCAAGUGCAUGCUUUGUGAUAUCCUUACAACUCUGAAGCCAUGUAAUAACGCUGUGUGGGUAUGAGCAUAGGUAGAAAUUUAUUUUUCACUUUUUUUUGUGAGAUAAUUUAGAUGUGUUGCAAAAACUGACUCAGGAAUUUCCACUCAGAAACACACUGAUGUCAGAAAUUAACGGUAAUGUCAUGUGUCGAUCAACUUUACUUUUUUCAUCAGAUUCCUCCAUACCCAAGUCAAGCCACUCUCGAACAGAAAAUGCAAGAUCAGGCCAACUGGGACUCGUUUAAAACACAAACAAUCAAUUCUCUUCUAGAUACACUUCAUUUAUGAUACAUUCUCAGACAGUUUAGAAAUAUUUCCAGUUAUAAUUUCGCCAACUCUUCAGAUCACAAGAACCAGCUGGUGACCACUAUUAUUGUAUGACAUUGUUUCGGUCACGAACUGAUUUGCUUCUGUAAGUUUGCUCCACGCAAUUUUUUUCCUGCGCGGGAUCAAAGCGGGAAACCCGUGCGGGCAGAUGGGCCCAUGUUGCCCGCUCAUGUAGCCAAUCAGAAGACAGGAUUUUCCCAUUUUAAGUAAUAUGGAUACCAUCAAACUGCUUGAAACGCGGUAAAAAAAUUUGUGACCAAGCGCGAAUGGUCAAACACGAUCAUUUAAUUCGAUAAUUGUAAAAGACAAAUUAAGCUUUGAUAUUUUUCGGUUAUGGUAGAAAUGAAAAAUUUAUUUAAACCUACUAAACCUAGUGGACUAUUUUUCUAAACAAGAAGAAUAAGGCGAAAUAAAAUGAGCGAAAAACUUCGAGAAAGUUAAAUGCAUUAGGAAAAAAAAACAGAAGCAAGAGACUUAUGAUGUGUAGUACUUUGCAUGUCGAUUUUACAAAUAAAAAAAACGUAGUGUAUUUAUAUGAAUACUUAUUUUUGAGACAAAGAAGGCUUCGUUC